UUAUUAAAAAAACAGCAAAAAAAUAAUUAAAACUUAUGGUAUGAGUAAUGCUGAGAUUUCUCCAAACUGGAGAAAAGAAGUUCUCGAUUCUGUCAUUAACGAUAUUAAAAAAGCUGAGUUUGUAUCUAUAGAUUUAGAAUUCUCUGGACUUUUUAAAGUGGCUUCCAAACGUCGUGUCUUUCAAGAAUACUUUCAAGAAUGCGUUACCUCUGCCACGAAUUUUGCAGCAAUACAGCUAGGUGUUUGUCCUGUAUGGCGUUCAUCAAAAGAUCCUGAAUACCAAGAACGCACCGGUAGCUCAGGUGAUCCCGAUGUUUGGUGCUUUGCUCCAUACAAUUUUAAUAUCUUUCCCAAUUCACAGAAAAAAAUAUAUUCUGUGGACACUUCCACCUUAACAUGGUUAUCUGACAAUGGUUUUUCUUUUGACAAUUGGAUUAAAAAAGGAUUUGAUUACGCCCCUCUAGCACUACUUCAAAAUAUGGCUUUAUACAUGUCAUCGAAUCAAUUACCUUUUAAAUUUAAGAAAGUCGGAGAAGAAGGCAUUCAACGAGUUAUAUCGGCAAUUGUCGAUUAUGAAAAACCUAUUAUUGUUCACAAUGGACUAUUAGAUAUUCUGCAUAUUCAUGAAAAAUUUAUCGAUACUUUACCAUUAUCUUCAAAAGAAUUUUGUUCUGAGUGGUUACGACUUUUCAGCGGAGGGUUGUAUGAUACGAAGCAUAUCGCAACUUCUGGAAAAUAUUCUAUUAUGCAGCUUUUCAAUGAUAGUGGUACUAUUUUAAAUGCUUUGCACUCACAUUUACACGCGCUACGUCAAUAUCGUUCACGCUUUUCCCUCGCUCCGAGGUAUUACAAGUCUGAAUCAGAUAUAUCGUCCAAAAAAAUAUCUCAAACACUUAUGACUGGAGAUUACUAUUUUAAUACGUCUAAUGAAACUUCCACUUUAGGAAAAACAAAACUUCAUGAAGCGGGUUACGAUGCAUUGAUAACAGCCCAAGUGUUUUUAAUGCAAAACGAAUUAUAUCACGAUAAAGCAACGAAAGGCGAAAGUAGUGCGAAAAAUAAUGAUACCGAAAAGACCUCUUCUUCUCUUUUAGGCGUACCAGGCUCUUGGCUUACUUCUGAUGAAUUCGGAAAACGUUUUCGUAAUGUUCUGGAAUUAGUAAAAAUUUCACCGGGCAUGCUGCAUUUAGACAUUGUAGCAAAACAGCAAUCUUUAUGUAAAAACAUUAAAUACGUUGCUUUUUCAAACGCAUCAUUAUCGACUAAAGAUAUAUCAUUUGUUCCUACCAAAUACAACAGUACGAAGGUUUCAUCACAAAAUUCCCUACCAAAACGUGCCAAUACACUUGAAACCACUAAAACAACUGUUAAAAAACAAAAUACCCAUGAUCCUCUUGAACUAAAUAUUCCAACAGCAACGGCAGAUUACGAAUCAGCGCAAUUUGAAGUUGGCGAGAUAGAGACGCAAUGUUUCCCACUAAAAAGUGCAACAAAAGACUCAGGUCUCCCAAGUGCUACAUGGGCGAUUCCUUUACAAAAUUUUAUAAAAACAAGUAAACCGUCUUUGACGGAAAUAGUAAAUUCAUCCGUUGAAUCCUGUGACGUAAAAGAACCCAAAAUCUCUUUAAAUAUUGCAAAAUUUCCAAAUGUUCGAACCUUUUCGUUGAGUAAACAAAAAUUUAAUGGAAACGUCAAAAAACAAAAAAACCUUUAAACAACUUGUUCAUAAUAACAUAGUAUGUUUUUUGUCAAACUUUCUAAAUUUUAACCAAUAUUCGUUUUGUUUAAUCCAUUUCGUAUCACUACAUAUAAGUUUUCAUGUUUUAAAAUCUUUACUGCUCUUCAUCAUGUCAUCCUAAAUUUGGGUUCAUUAUAUUCUAGCAAUAUUUUUAAACUUUUCUGACUGUUACUUUUAAAUUUAAUUAACAUUCGAGAAAAUUUCUGAAAAAAAAUUUUCUCUUUUUUGUAGUUAACUUUACUGUUUUUAUUAAACAUAUAUUCG